CAUAAGAGGGGCGGGCCCGCUUCUGCGGCUCCAGGAUUUAAUCCACGGAAAUAAGAGACACUCUGACAGUGUGACACAGAAGUGGACCAACAACAUCUGCAAAAAUGGUUGAGGCUUUCUGCGCUACAUGGAAACUGGUCGACAGCCAGAACUUUGAUGACUACAUGAAGGCACUCGGCGUUGGCUUUGCCACGAGACAAGUGGGUAAUGUCACCAAACCAACUGUAGUGAUCAGCCAGGAUGGAGACAAGGUGGUGGUGAAAACUCAGAGCACCUUCAGGAACACUGAGCUCUCUGCCAAGCUGGGAGAGGAGUUUGAUGAGACCACGCCUGAUGACCGGCAUGUCAAAUCGACCUUCUCCAUGGAUGGAGAUAAAUUUGUGCAUGUGCAGAAGUGGGAUGGCAAAGAGACCAAGUUUGUCAGAGAAAUCAAGGAUGGGAAGAUGGUGAUGACAUUAACCUUUGAAGGAGUCCAGGCUGUCCGCACGUAUGAGAAAGCCUAAUUUGCAACAUCUACUUGAAAGAGCAAAUCAUUCCAGCUAUCAGGAAAUGUUGUUUUCCUUAUUAUUAUUAUUAUUUUUUAAGUAAAAAAAGUGUUUUGACAUUUUGCUGUGAUUUGCACUUGUUUGAACAUGAGAUAAAUAUUUUGUAAGAUCUUUUGUGAAGGCCUCAACAAAAGGGAAAAUAAACUUCUGGGCUAAACUUUC